UGGAAUUCUAACACGAGAGAACAGGAGCAGUUAAGAAAAGCAGAGACUUUUACUGAAGACAGUUUGUUACUACAGCGGUUAUUUUCAGUGGACUGACUCAUGAGAUUCCAAAUGUGUAUUGUGAGAGUAAAUGGAUUUCUAACAACUAUCUACCAGGCCAGCACUGUAGUACCUGUCCCAGCAGUAAAAGUCCACAGACCGGUACUAUUUGAUGUCCCGUGGACCAUGCACUACAGAAUGCAGAAGCCUGCUCUGACAGAAUGACAACUCUGUGGCUUGGUUCUUCCAACUGGUUGGACUCCACCGUUCCCCCAGUGACCCUUCCAUUGGGUAACCACACGCCCACAGAAUUGACUGGCAACCAGUCAUGUAGCAGUGAUGAUGAGGUCUUUAAGUACCGAGCCUACACUGUCACCUACCUGCUAGUGUUCCCUAUUGGGUUUCUUACCAACAGUGGAGCGCUGUUCGUGCUCCUGCGACUGACUCCCAAACGGUCUGCCUCCACUAUCGUCAUGACCAACCUCGCCCUGUCAGAUACAUUUUUCUCCCUCACCCUGCCGCUGCGACUGGCCUACUAUUUUAGGGGGGCUCGAUGGGACCUGCCAGACUGGCUCUGCCGACUUUGUGUGUUCUGCUUCUAUCUCAACCUCUACACCAGCGUUCUAUUUCUGACUUGUCUGAGCGUGCUCCGUUGGCUGGCUGUGCUAAAGCCUCUCCAACAUCGAGCCUUGGCCACACCCCUCCGGACCUCACUGACGUGCUUGGGCAUCUGGCUGUUCGUGGGUGGAUCUUCAGUCCCGUUCCUCUCCUGGGGGACCAGGAUUAGGGCGGGACAGACCCGCUGCUUCGAGCCCGGUAAGUUAGACGACUGGAAGAAGAUCUUCGCCCUCAGCUACGUGGGUCUGACGUUCGGUUUCCUGGUGCCAUUCGCCACCAUCCUCAUCUGCUACGGCUUCAUCAUCCGCCGACUGACGGGCUUGACCGGGACCCUCGGCGGCGGGAACCCGUUGACUAGCCCCGAGAGCCGGACGCAUAACCAUGUGAGACGUCACCGCCAGCGUCGGGCUCUGCAUCUGGUUGCCAUGGUGAUCUGCACGUUUUUGAUCUGCUUCCUGCCCUAUCACGUGGCUCGCUCGCUGCACCUGCAUGCGGUGGUGGGCAGGUGGGGCUGUGUUGCGACAAAGUCCCUGCAGCGGGUUUUGGUGGUGACGCUGUGUCUCGCAGCGGCCAACAGCGUCAUGAAUCCACUGCUGUACUACUGUGCUGGGGAGUCCUUCAGAGCGUCCAUACGCAGAGCCUCAUUCGCACGCUCCCUCUCCUCCUCCUUCCGUCAGGGCAGCCAGCCGUUCACUCGCAUAACGAGGAGGAUAAAGCACUCCUCGCCCACAAUGCCAGGCACACCCCUUGCUUCCCCUUUGACUCUUCACUUGCGUGACGCACAAAACCCUGGGGAACACGGUUCAUAAAGACGCUGCCUGUGCCACUAGCUACACUUCCCAGUAUUUGAGACAACUUACUAACUCCCUCCCCCCACCCCAACGCACCAACGAACACACACACACAUACAGGACUGGACCGUCAUAUCUUUCAAUGAGGCAGUACAUUGCAUCAAGUCAAGUGUACACAGUGUUAUUCACCGUUGUUUGGUCUCGUUGCUUGUGCCAUGAAACCGGUGAGUCCCUGACGUAUCUGCCUGCUCCUCUCCACACUCAACCAGCUUCCAGUUGAACUUCGCUCCCACUGCAAGACUGUGGUGCCUGCCUAUGUACCAGAAAAGGGACCUGCCCGUCCCUAUCUUUAGGAUGUACUCAAACACAAAAUUCCAACCUAAAAUUGGUACAGAGGUUUAGCUCCUGGUCAGCCCAUGUUCUCUGUCCUGAUACCCCAACUGUGGAACCAGCUUCACCAUGACAAUAGGACAAGGUUUGUCAAAGGAGUAGCUUUCUGUCAACAUCUGCUUAACAUUCAAAAGAACUAUCUGAUGAAGAAUAAUUAUUUUGGCUAACCAAAUUAAGUUGUAUGAAGGUUUGGAAAGUCCAAGUUGUUGUUCCAGCAAAGUCUUAGGCUACAUACACUGCUCAAAAAAUUACAGUGACACUUAAAUCACACAUCCAGUCUCGAUGAACAAAAUAUGUUAAAU